GGGCCGUGCCGGGUGGAGGUGGAGGGUGUGGAGCGAUGCAGCCACAGCCCAGGGACGCCUGCAGCCACCCGAGGGAGGAAGGGGCAGGAGGCAGCCUCCCCUGGCAUCCUUAAGCGCAGCCCUGCACACACCGAGUCUCAGACUCUGGCCUCUGGAGCUGGCAGAUAGCACUUUUCUGUGGUCGUAGCUGUCCGGUCUAUGAGCAAAGCAAGCUGACCCGGUGCCUGCGAUGUCCCCACACCGAGGUUCCUGCGAGUCCCAGCACUCAGGCCCCCUCCGUCAAGCCAAGUGCACAGACUGGGAGGCCACCUGGGCCCCGCGUCAUAAAUCUGCACUGUGGCUCUAUGAAGAAGCGCCAGCAUUAGGAAGUUUGGGUUCAAGCCAUUUAAAUGGGUUCUUCUGUGUGUUUUUACUGCAGGGCUUUUCAGAGCCUUGAGUGUGUCUGCACUGGGACAAUGUAAGUCCUGUGGCCACAAGCAAGUCACUGGCGCUCUCUGGCCUUGGUCUCCUCUUCUUACAGUGGGGGCAACAGCAGUAGCCGCCUCCUAGGGCUUGGAGGCUGCUGAAAGGACUUGACGAGAUGAAGCUUCCAAGGUGCUUCCCACAGCGGUGGCAGGCAGUGAACAUCCGUCCGUGGGGCUGCAGCGACUUCGGCUCGUCCUCCGCUUGGGGGAGCACUUGCGCCUGACCGUAGGGGCAACGUUCUUCCUCAUGCUAACAACAAAAAAAGAAAGAAGACAACAUGGAGGCGUGGACCAUGUGUGAGAGUUACCCUGAGCGGCCCCUCGGGGCACGACCCUGCAGGAGCCAACAGGACAAAGGUCCCCAGGUGUUUGACAAGCUGGUGCUGCUCAACCCAGGAAUAGAAGCAGAACAAAUCUUAAUGGCACCCAGCUCCUUUAUGAAGCUCCAGACGAACAGGGAUGGUGCGGCCUCUCUGAGCUACCGUGUCCCGGAUGGGCCCGAGAAGGUUCCUGUCGUGCACAUUGAUGAGAAGGGCUUCCUGGUGCCAGGGUCUGUGAUGGGGACGUCCACAAUUGAAGUGACUGCACAAGAGCAUUUUGGGACCAACCAAACCAUCAUUGUUGGUGUCAAGGUGAGUGGUCCCUGGCCCAGAGGGGAAUCGUGGAGACCUUGCACCCAGAGUCCCUCCUCAGGUCCUGUGGCAGUUCCAGCCAGCCGUCUCCGAUUUCCCAGCACGUGAUUGUCUCACCAUGGAGCCAGGCUUUGACGCUGCUCUGGGAAGGCUGCGAUGUUCUCCCUCUGGACCAAGAGAAUCCGAGGGCCAGCACGACACCGACACGCUGGUGUGGCCGUGGAAGGGACUCCACCCUGGCACCCAGGUUCCAGGUCUGCGGAGCUCCCCAGGCCCCGCUCAACAGUGCUCAUCCAAGGCCAGGCCAAGGAGGCCAGGACGGGAGCCAGAACAGUUCCAGCCCGUGCCUUCGUGGAGCCUCCUGCUGCACCUGGG